AUGGCGAGGCCGUUGUCCGUCAGGCCAAUGUCCUUGCCAGCUGCUACAUCGUCGACUCUACCGCGACUCUUCGCGGUCUCCACUACUGCACUACCGGGGCCGCAGGGGCCGAGUGGUAUUCCUGAGGUCCCCUCCUCAGGACUACCAUCCCCUCCAUCAAGUCCCCCCCUCGCGGCCAUAACGGCAUCCAACGAGCUCGCGCUGCUUCCAAAGGCCAGUCACAAGCAGCGGCGCGAUGUCCCCGGCAAGAGGAUCAGCCGUCGAGGGGGGGCAGCACUUUCGAUCAGGGAAGAAUGUGAGAGAUUCUUUUGCGAGUCCAUGAGAGCUGUGUUCCGCGGUGAGAGGAACACUGGUUCGAAUGACUCCGGCCUGACGGGUGUUUAUUUGCAGACUCCGCCGCCCGACGAGGACCUGGCUGUCCAGCCGCACUUCGGUGGUAAGGUGGGGGCCAACGCUCCCGCCCCCGCUACGGCGUGGUUGGAGAUCUGGGACUUUGCCGGCGGUGCGAGUUUCCGGGCAUUUGUGGCGGAUGACGGGGCUGAAAAGUCCCUGUUCGCCUUGUUUGACAGGAACGUCAUUGGACGUGACCUGAAGCCUGUACUCAUGGCUUUGAUGGAGUUGGUUGACGGUCCGCUGGACUGCCAACACCUCGUCAUUUGCAUCGACCGAGGCAUUGAGGAGGAAGACGCAAAAUCGCUGAUGAAGAGCCUGCAAUGGGUGGGCUUCGAGCUGACUUUGGACCACUGGGCGCAUGAUGUGGACGUGACGAGCAACAGGUGGCUGUUUAUGGGCAUGGAAAUCUAG